AUGACCGUGAAGGCUGGAGAACGGUACACAAUGUACUUUCUCCAGCCUACACGGUCUCGACCGAGGCGUAUCCGCGUAUACAACAAGCAACUGAAUGGCCGACUGCCCGAAACCGAAAUACCGAUCAAUAAUUCAGACUUCAGACCCGACUGUGGUAAUGUAGUCUGGAGAACAUACGCACGCACGCACGCACGCUCGCACGCACGCACAAUACAUCCAUAAAGAAUUUGAUUCCGAAUAGUCCGCUAGGGAGAGUCGCGGUCAGCUGCAGCCGCCGCCGCGCCAUUUACAAUAUUAUAUUGAUCGCGGUUUUACGGGCGGCUCCCGGAUGAUAAUAAUAUUUUGAUAACGAUAAUGACUACCGGACGACGGUAUCGGACUUAGGUUAUACGAAUAAUAUUGUGUCAGGUUAAUAAUAUUAAGACAGCCAUGUCUUCUAAAAAAAUUAACCAUCCACGACCGUUCAAAUUGUAUAUUUGUAUUCCGAUAAUAGCCGAUAAUUGAUGGUAAAGACUAAUAUACUGACCAGACUAAACUGUCCCGACCCGGGCUCCUCGUUUACCGACCGGGCUGAAAUUUGGAACAAUCAUCUAUAGGCUCAUAGUCGAUCAGUGACAUGCCCAGGAAUUAUCAAUGGGAGGGGAUAUAGCAAAUAAGAAUUAUGAAUAAAUCAUAAAUUCGUCUUAUCUACCCAAAUUGACUGUGGGAAUUGGUAAUUUAAAACCCAGAUCCCAAACAAUUAAAAAGGCCUUUAAUUAAUUUGUCAAAUUUUUCCUCAUAACUUGGCUGAAAUAAAUGCAUUAGAUUACUCAUAUUUUUUUUUAUAUUUUCAGCCAAUGGGGGAUAUAUAACCUCUACCCCCCCCCUCUUCGCACGCUACUGUAGUUGACCUUAUGUCCAAAAAUCAGUUUUCCAAUGCCAUUGGUUGUUUUAAAUUAAUUAUGUACAUUAAUAAUAGACUCUUCUAUCGAUAUGUAUUAUCGCAUAAUACGAACCGAUGCACGUAAAAUUACUGUUCUUAAGGGCCAGUUGUACACUUCCGUGGUUAAACAGUGAUUAGUAAAGUUCAUCAAUCAUCAAAUUUUAAUCGUUGAUUAAAUCUCUGUGUGUUGUACGGUGGACAAUUAAGUUAUGGUUAGUUAAUCAAUGAUUAACUAAUGAUUUGGUUGCUUUUAUAUAAUAUUUUCAUUUUAUUGUAUUACAGUCUGUACUCAUUCGCGUGAUCAUUUUACCGAAAUAAUAAUUACUUUCUGUUUUUGAAUUUGUUUUCUAUUUUUAAUAUUUUAGAUUGUAAAUUUUUGAUCUUGUCUCCAAAAACCGCACACUUGUGAUAAAAUUCAGGGCAAUACCGCACUCAUUUAGUAGGUUAAAACCGUACACUUGUUUCAUUGUUACGCAAAUUUCAUAAUGAUGUAUAAUCGAUUAUUUAUUAUUUAUAUAUGUGUUAUGAGCAUAUUGCUAUAGUAUAUAGUAUAGUAGUAUAAGCCUUUUGUAUUAGAGCAUAAGAGUAUAUUAUUGUAGUCUAUCGAUAACGCCUAGUGUGUAGGCGGCUCCUAGAAUAUUGUAGCCAUACGGCACCCGUGAAAGAGCCGCGCAGUUAGUCGAGCUACCACUUUUAAAACUGUACGUCGUCACAACGACUAUUAUAAUAAAUUACUCUUUAAUUAUAUAGUUCGACUCACAUUAAAUUAUAUUAGUAACUAAAAAUCCUUAGAACUGUUUCGUUGUACUUUCUCCUAAAAUUGGAUCCUCACACUACCGAACAAAUAAAACAACCCGUACGAGCACAACAACUCGUAUAGGCACAACAUAUGUAUUAAAAACAAACUGUUUAGGUGCAAUUUAUAUAUUGAAAAAUGUAUUAGAUAUGAAAAUACUAAAGCCACAUGCAUAUCAAGUUAUGUUAACACGCGUUUCAGUCGAUAACUGUACUGGAAAAAUACUUAAUAUUGGUUUAACUGUUUACCAUCAAUUUAUUGUAAGUUUAGAUGAAAUACCUAAUUAGUUAUAGAACUAACCAAUAAUGGUUCGAUCAUAUCAACCUGCAAUAAAAAUAGCUCACCGCUACGCUCGGAAUUUAAAAAGAAGGUUGUUGAAAUUAUUUUUGUAAAUGUCCCGGUCAGUAUUUGAACUUUUAUGACGAUUCUAGUCGGUACCCUAGACGUGUGGUUUUUACCCACUAUAAGUGUACGGUAUUCGGCUAAACAAUGUACCUGGCAACCGGUAACGUGUACGGUUUUUGUUUAUCGACCUUUUUGGAGUUGAAAUCAUAUUUGUGCGGUUUUGGGAUGCAACCACGGUACCUAACCUAACGCCUAUCGCUGUCCAGCUACUACGAUUGUUGAAGAAACCGGCCGUUUUACGGGUACGUAAGUUAUAUGCCGACAUCGGAUUCAAUACGCGUAAACGACGGAGAAAAAACGGUAUCGCGCGACUGCGAAAUAAACGGGUGCUUUGUGAGCGUCAAACCGAAUAAAACGUACGGAUACGGGCGAAAAGACGCCGGAAACAUCGAAAUACGCCGAGCCGUAGUAAAACGACAUUGCUCACGAGCAUUUUAACAUAUCGCACCGCGUUUCAGAUCCGAUUGAAUGUUACGACUAUAACUAUAACUCAAAUGUUUAAAUACCUAUUUAUUUGAUUAUCGUUACAGAAUUGACCGCAUUGGCGCAUUGGGUAACGCGUUUUUCGUAGUGAUACCAGUAUCGAGUUCGACACCGUUCAUUGCACAUAGUGUACAUUUUUGACUUUUUUAUAAUAAAAAAACACGCGGCUAAUUUCCGUAAAUGAUUUAAACAUUUUUAUUUUGCCCCAAAAUGCUUUUUCCCUAUUACCCAAGGUGGUUUUGCGCAACAAAUCGAGGGUUAUUUUCGUUAAAAAUAAUUUAAAAUAUCUAUUUUUUCAUGUCGGGUGAAGCAUAACAUUACAAGCAUAACAGACCGGGUCUGAAACGCGGCGCAGUAUGUUAACAUGCCGCUCGGGAUAGGUACGGUUCUAUGUCAGAGCGGGUAACCAAUAAAGGCGAGUAACCGUGCGUCCGUGCGGGAGACGGUUGGUCAGAUACGCGGAUAACGUUAUAGCAUAUAGAGUCCUCGGUCAGGGAAAAACUGGAGGCGGAAAAAUCGCGGAGUCGGCAUAUAAUAGUUUGGAAAAAUCCUAUUCGUAUUACAAUUAUAUUGUACUAGCCACAAAUCUUGUACACAAGACCUAGUUAAAGUUUCGUUGUCAUAGGUAUCACAUUAAUAAAAAAAUGGAAACAAACAAAUGAAUACUUAAUUGGUUUAAUAUUAACGAUAAUAUUAUUUAUAUUCUUUAAUAUUACGGUAAUAUAAAGUAUUGUGAAAUAUAAAGUAAUAUAAAUAAUAUUUUAUUACUCGUGUUUGUAAUUUUACAGAAAUGCAGAAAAAAGGCAAUGAUUUAAUUGAACAGAUUAAGUUCCAUAAUAGAACAAUAAAUAAUGCCGUACGUAAAGAUAAUUCAGAAAAUACGUCUAAAUUCAAAAUAAAAAAAGAAUUGGAGAAAUUAAAAACUCGUUGCUUAGCCCUAGAAAGGGAAAAUAAUGCAUUGCUUUGUAAAAGUGAAAAUUCUGAAAAAAAAUACAUCGAGAUAAAAGUAACAUUUAGAAUAUAGAUAACUUAAAUAUAUUACAAUUUGAUUUAAUGUUUAAAUGUUACAGAACGAAAAAGAUGACCUCGAAAAAGAAAAGAAUAAAAUAAUUGAGAAGUUACAGAGUGAAUUACAAAAAAAAAGCAAUCUAUGGAAAAUUACAGAGAAAAAUAUACGAGUGGAACAACAAGAAUUUAAAGACAGAUCAUUAUUGCAAGAAACAGUAAUUACUGAAAUAUCGUCAGCUUUAGUAAAUAAAGAACGUGAUCUCUUAGAUCUAAAAUCACAACUAGAAAGACCGUAAGUCUUGUACCUUUAAGUAUACCCGUUUGAUAAGCAUUCAGUAUAGGGAUGAGCUGGUUUCUGAAAAAUAUCGGCACGGAUUAAAAAAAUUACCGAAAUCGAUAAAUAAUUAUGCUAGACUCGAUAACUUAAUUCCUACGGUUUCUUAAGAAUCAAUGCAACUGAAGAACCGAAAAUUAGAACCAAACCCAUCAUCACCUAAUUCAGUAUAAUAUAUUAUACAAGUGAUUAGAAUUUUAUGUUAAGCAAUUUUCACUUAUAAAUAUAAAAAUAGAGAAAAACGUAUAACACAAAAGUUGUAAAAUUUAUGGUGGGGGAGGGGUAGAGUAAACAUUUGAAAUUCAAAUGAGAAUUCAUUUUAUUAUUCAAAAUUUCAUAAUUAGAUUAGCAUUAGUUUAAAUACAUUUUGGUGUUAAAUUGGUGGUUCUAGUCGGUCAUUUUCUAAGGAGUGAGAACUUGGCAACUUCGACGGAAAUCAAACACCAAAAUGUAUUUAAAGUUUAAACUAAUACUCAUUUAAAUUUCAAAAGUCUACCCCCAACCUUCCUCCCCAGAAAAAGCAGCGAAAAAAAAUACAAAUUGUUAUUGUAGAUGUUUAUAAAUUUUAAAACUUUUAUGGUGCACACACAUAUAUUAUACAUAUUGUUGUACUAUUGUUAUCUAAGCUAUCUUUUACGUAUUUUACGUUUUAUAUUUUUGCUUAAAGAAGGUUUAAUUCCACUCAUUUCCACUAAAUAUUUUGUUCUUGAAAAAUUUUUGAAAUGUUUAUUUAAUAAAAUAAUAUUGUAUGACGAUUGAUUGACAUAUAAUUUAAGAACUUAGAAUUAAUAAACUUAAUUCUUAGAUAGUAUAUUUAAAAUAUAUUAAUGAUUUAAAAAUCAAAAUCAAAAUGAAGCAGAUUAUAAAUUUAUAAAUCCAUAAUUCAAUUCAAUUAAUCUUUUUUUUCUAGAAACAAUGUGAUGAUGUUCGAUCACCCAAAAUAUGUAAAGGUAAUAAAUCAUAAUAAGUAAUAACGGUUUUUUUUUUAUUUUUGUCCCCCUUAGUAAAAAUGACCAUAUAUUCUCAUAUACCAUAAACCAUAUAUCAAUGAACUAUAAUACGAUUUCUAUUGUACGUAUUUAACUUUUUUUAUUAAACUGUAGUCUAUCCAACGUGGAUAUUACAAAAAAAUGUUAGAAUAUUUCAGAUUUUCUUUAAUUUGUAAUCAAUGAUCAACGUCGUAAAUGUUUAACAAUUUACAGUUCUUUUAAUUCUAGCUUUUUUUUAAACAAACUACGAAAUAAAUUAUUACCAGGGAAGGGGGAUAAUUGAAAAAAAACCUGUUACUACAUACUUAUAACCGAAAAUUACUAAUACUAUAUACGUACGAUAUUUUUAUAAUUUGUUAAUCAAAAAGGAAAUGAAAAAAUUAGAAGUCGGUCAGCUAUAUUUGUUAUUAGAGAAGCAACAUGAGAAGAUGAUGAACGACAAUGUUCAAAUCAUGGAUUUGAAAGUGAUUUUAGCAAAUUAUCUAUUAUUUUGUUAUAGUUAAAAAUAAAUUGGUUAAAGGAAAAUAAUAUGUUUUAAAUGUAUUUUAAAGAAAGAAUUACUUGAGACAAAACAGUCUAUAGGAACGCGGAGAACAAAUAUUCCACCAACGGACCAGUAAAAUAAAAUUUUAAUAUAAUAUAAUUAUGUAUAUAAUGUUUAGAUAAUAAUUAAAAGUAAUUUUAACUAGAUUUAGACUAGAAAUGUUAGAAGAAAAGAUAAACAUUAUGCAAAUAAAUAACAUGAAGUUAUUCAAACUCAAUCGCGAACAGCUGGCUGAUUUCGUAAAAUCAAUUUCUUUACUAAGGAAAGAAUUGGUCGAGAAGAAACCGUGGGUCAAAUAG